AUGAACUCAACUUCGAACUUUGACAAGCCACCGACGCCCUGCCUAUUCGCCAACGAGUUCAAACACGAAUUACAGCAGCCCGGAGCGUUCGUAGCAGACGCUACAGGAUCACUUGCAGCUCUCCGACAGCGGUUAGGCGGCCAGCGAGCGGGGCUUCCCGAAGUCGUCAACGCUCUCGGAAAUGCGGACCCAACAAAUCAAAUUCACUCGCACAAGUUUCCUGUCCCAGCAGUAUGGAAUCUUUGA